CCCAAUGCUGGUUCCACCCCCCACUCCCAUCACCCCCACCUGAUUCUUAUUAUUCAUUGUCUCUAUUGCCAGAGCACCUCAGAGCCCCCCUUCCUAGACCAGAACCCCAUUGUGCCAGGCGCUGGUCAAACCCCGAACAAACAGCCAGUCCCUGCUCCCAUUAUUCUCCCUCCACGCUCACGUCAUGCCCAGGAUCUCGGUGUCGGUGGCUGGGUUCGGCAGCAGCCUCCAGCUCUGGUCUCCUCUCUGUGCCCCCGACCCCAGCGUGACCCUUCUCCUGUGCUCUCUGUUGCAGCGCCUGGACCUGUUGGUGCGAGAUUGGCAGCUCUCCGAAGCCUACGGCGCAGACGCGGGGCAGGAGUAUCUCAGAGACAUCACACAGGACCUGGAGGCCUCCGCUGAGCAGCCCCUGGUGUUGGGAGCCCUGAGGGCGAGAGGGACCCGGUGCUACCUACUGCCCCACCCUGGCACUUAGUUCACCAGGAGCAGGGCAGGGACGCCAGGCG